CCAAAACAGUCUCACUCUGGUCUUUAUAUAAAGUGAGGAAUAUUGUGCUAGUGGGGAAGCAAAACCCUUCACUACUCUCACCACUCACCACACGGCCAACUUGUUGACUAAUUAAAACCAUGUCGUCCCCCGCCGCCGGCGGCAACCUCACGGCGUCCACCAUGAUCCCGACCACCCCAUCCCAACUGCUCUCCGUCCUCGCCGUCUUCACCCUCCCGAUCUUCCUCAUGUACCUCCUCAUCGGCGGCAGGAAGAAGAAGAACCCGCCGGGGAUGAAACUCCCCCCCGGCCCAGCCCAACUCCCCAUCAUCGGCAACCUCCACCUCGUCGGCAAGUUCCCUUACCAGUCCUUCCACAAGCUCUCCCAGAAGUACGGCCCCGUCAUGUUCAUGCAGCUCGGCCGCGCCCCCACCGUCGUCAUCGCCUCCGGCGAGGCCUCCCGCGAGGCCAUGAAGGACCACGACCUCGAGACCUGCAGCCGCGCCCUCUCGGUCGGGCCCGGCCGCCUCUCCUACAACUUCCUCGACGUCGCCUUCUCCCCUUACUCCGACUACUGGCGCGAGAUGCGGAAGCUCUUCAUCUUCGAGCUCCUCAGCAUGAAGCGCGUUCACAUGUACUGGUACGCCCGCGAGGAGCAGAUUGACAGGCUGGUGGUGAGGCUGUCCGACGCAAGUGCCAAGGGCAGCACGGUCAACCUGACCGAGAUGGUGUUCCACGUCAUCGACGGGAUCAUGGGUACGGUGGCGUUUGGGAGGACUUACGGCCAGCUCGAGUUCAAAGACGGGUUCGUGAAGGUGAUCAGCUCGGCCAUGGACAUGUUGAACGGCUUCCACGCCGAGGAUUUCUUCCCUACCGCGGGGAGGUUCAUUGACUCGUUGACCGGCGCGCUGGCAACCCGGGAGCAGACGUUCAAGAAUCUGGAUGGGUACUUCGAGAAGGUUCUGAACCAGCACCUGGACCCGAACCGGGCCAAGCCCGAGCACGAGGACAUUGUGGACGUCUUGAUUGGGCUCAUGAGGGACCAGAGCGCAUCGUUUCAGCUCACCAGGGAACACCUCAAGGCCAUCCUCAUGAACAUAUUUGUGGGUGGGAUCGACACAAGCGCGGUGACGACGACAUGGGCCCUGACGGAGCUGAUCAAGAACCCAAGGAUCAUGAAGAAGGCCCAGUCCGAGAUCCGGGGCAUCGUGGGGCCCAACAAGAAGCGCGUGGAAGGGCGUGAUCUGGACAAGUUCAAGUACCUGGAGCUGAUCAUCAGGGAGGUUUUCCGGAAGCACCCGCCGGUGCCGCUGCUGAUCCCGCACUUCUGCGUGAAGCACUGCAAAAUCGGCGGCUACGAUAUUCUUCCGGGGACCCAGGUGGUGAUCAACACCUACUCGCUGGGCCGGGACCCGAAGUGCUGGACCGACGUGGAGACGUUCUACCCGGAGCGGUUUGAGAACAGCAACGUCGACUACCAGGGCUCUCACUUCGAGCUCGUCCCCUUCGGCGCCGGCCGCCGGAUCUGCCCCGGGCUGGCCAUGGGGACAACCGCAGUGAAGUACACGCUGGCGAAUCUGCUCUACUUUUUCGAUUUCCAGCUGCCGGGAGGGAUGAAGUUCGAGGAUUUCCCGAUUGAGGAUGCCGGCGGGCUCACGAUUCACAACAAGGAAGAUCUUGUCCUCAUCCCCAAGAAGCAUCAGUGGUGAUUUUGAUUUAAUGGAGGAUUCUCACUAUCUAUCUGUGUGUUGUUUUUACUUUUCAGUACUUCUGCCUCUGUUGUUCUCAAUAAUUUACACCUUCGCGUGCAGUUAAUUUUGUAUCCGAUGGCUACCGUUCUUGCUGUUGUGCCAAUGUUGAAUGUGGUAAUGUGUGUAUCGGAGCGUCGUCAUUAAUGGAAAGAAUGUCCAACCACCAUGUAUAUUGCUUUCUCAUUACGCACUUCAAUUUGUAGUUUAUAUUGUGUUUUUAUGGCGUUACGGGAAGAAGAACAGAAAAGAAAUAAUGGCCAUGAUUCUCAGAAAGAAAUGGAACUGCGAAUAAAAGAAACGGGAGGU